AUCCCCCGUCUCUCCAACAGACCCAGUCACCGGAGCAGAUCUGAACUCCCUCUGACGCCAUGUGCGACGACGAGGAGACCACUGCGCUGGUUUGCGAUAACGGUUCAGGUCUUGUGAAAGCUGGCUUCGCCGGAGAUGACGCUCCCCGCGCCGUUUUCCCCUCCAUCGUCGGCCGCCCACGUCACCAGGGUGUCAUGGUCGGUAUGGGCCAGAAAGACUCCUACGUUGGUGACGAAGCGCAGAGCAAAAGGGGCAUCUUAACACUUAAAUACCCCAUCGAGCACGGCAUCAUCACUAACUGGGAUGACAUGGAGAAGAUCUGGCACCACACCUUCUACAACGAGCUGAGAGUUGCACCGGAGGAGCAUCCCACCCUCCUCACAGAGGCGCCCCUCAACCCCAAGGCCAACCGGGAGAAAAUGACCCAGAUCAUGUUUGAAACCUUUAACGUCCCAGCCAUGUACGUGGCCAUUCAGGCGGUGCUCUCCCUUUACGCCUCGGGGCGUACCACAGGUAUCGUGCUGGACUCCGGCGACGGUGUAACCCACAAUGUGCCCAUAUACGAGGGUUACGCACUUCCUCAUGCUAUCAUGCGUCUGGACCUGGCUGGCCGCGACCUGACUGACUACCUCAUGAAAAUCCUGACAGAACGUGGCUACUCUUUCGUCACCACAGCUGAGCGUGAGAUCGUGAGGGAUAUCAAGGAGAAGCUGUGCUACGUCGCACUGGACUUCGAGAAUGAGAUGGCAACAGCUGCUUCCUCCUCCUCGCUGGAGAAAAGCUACGAGCUGCCAGACGGACAGGUCAUCACCAUUGGUAACGAGAGGUUCCGCUGCCCAGAGACCUUGUUCCAGCCAUCAUUCAUCGGUAUGGAGUCUGCUGGUAUUCAUGAAACUACGUAUAACAGCAUCAUGAAGUGUGACAUCGACAUCCGUAAAGACCUGUAUGCCAAUAAUGUCUUAUCUGGUGGCACGACCAUGUACCCUGGUAUUGCUGACCGAAUGCAAAAGGAAAUUACUGCUCUGGCUCCAAGCACCAUGAAGAUCAAGAUCAUUGCUCCACCUGAGCGUAAAUACUCCGUCUGGAUCGGUGGCUCCAUCCUGGCCUCCUUGUCCACCUUCCAGCAGAUGUGGAUCAGCAAACAGGAGUACGACGAGGCUGGUCCCUCUAUCGUCCACCGGAAGUGCUUUUAACCAACACACUUGGCUUGCUACAAUUACCACCGUCUUCAAAGCCAGUACUGUGUUUCAUGCAACGUGAUCCGUCACCAUUCAACAGUUUGUUUUUACACAAGAAUACAUUUGUAUGUGUGAAUGUCCUCGUCAACAAGACCCAGGACUUGCCAUGCGUGCUCUGCCUCUGAGUUUUAUUUUGAACACAAAAGCUGAUUGAGUAUCCGGAGUGUGUUAUGACAGCAUUAUAAAUUGACUUGUUAUUUACAA